AUGGAAUAUUACCGUCUAGAGCAGAAUUACGCCAGAUGCUUGGUUAUGCAAGAUGCAAGCACACCGUGGUCGCAAGAUACCGCCCUGGACAGUGCGGGCACACAGAAUGCCAUCUUGCAAACACUGAAAGACUCCUCACUGUACGGUUUGGCUAGAUCGUUACAUGUCGCACCGCAACAGAUUGAUUACGAGUGUGCCUGGCGGCUGUCCGACUGGAAUGUACUAUUCGACGCGGACGGCGGUGUUGGUCCCAAUGUCCCGAAGAGAGCACCGGCUGCCGGUUCGAGCGCGCUGCUCCUACAGUCGCGAUCCUUCGAGCGAGCGCAUUACAAAGCGCUCAAGUGUUUGCAGCUGCGCGAUGAACUCGCGGUGGAAAGUGCGAUCGUGGCAGCGCAGCGUGCCGUUAGCGAACUUUUCAAGCUUACCAGCAUCGAAUCCACCAAACACAUCUACCACGGGCUGUGCCGGUUGCGGAUGCUGCAGCAGAUCGAAGACUUCGGUGAGGUACACUUCUCCAGACAGAUCGACUGCGAGCAGGACCUGCUGAACCGGUGGAGGGAACAGGACGAGCUGCCGCACAGCGAGUUCACGCUGCUGGAAACGAUCCUUUCCCAGCGGCUGUCCAUCUUCAGCACGGCCGGGAUUCGUGCGAAACGUAAAUGGGUACCGCCGGCAGUGUACAGCACGCUGCUGCUGCUGAUCCACGAAUCGCGCCUGCGAGGCUUCGUGGACUGUGCGGUACGGAAUGUGGUGCUGAUCGGGAAGCAGGAGCUGCCGGCCAACGUGCAGUCGGUGGUGAUGCUGGAAAAUGCACAGCUCAAUUGGAGUGCCGGCCAGCCGGUGCUGGCGAAGGAGUUGGCGUGGGAAGUAAUGAACAGCGCCAAGUACACUGAUCCGAUGGUGAAGGGAGUGGCGUGUCGCCUUUACGGUGAGUUCCUUGCCGAAGGACACUCGCAGGAGAUCAAGUCGCUAUGCUCGGACUACUUUCAACAAGCGGAAAAAUAUGUCCAGUUUGUGCUGUCGCGACAGGCGGCGGCGACGGCUGCGGGUGGCGAACAGAAAACCUCGCCCGGGAACGUUCCCGCUAACCAUCGUUGCUUCGACGUGGAUCGUAACUUCACCGUGCAGCACACCGUCGCGAAUAAGGGGAUAUACGACGCCAAGCGUCAACAUGCUAACGUUGCACAACGUUGCCGAUGAGGAAAUGAACGCUCUGCUGACUCAGAAACAGAAACUGCUGCUCGAGCUGAAGCACUACGAAAACAACAUCAAGUACAACAAGGAAAUCCUGAGCAAC